AUGCAGAUAAAAAAGUACUCAUGAUUUGUCUGCGAGCUUUGUAUCCAGUGAAAGUGAAAAAAACGGUUUUGCUGGUUAUGCAAAAUUCAGUUAUGGGCUAUUGCAAAUGCAAAAUGGGCCUAAGCUAAUGGAAGUACUAACGACCACUUUCGACAAAGACAAAACGACGUCGACUCGUAGAGAGAACCCCACAGAGACAGUUGUGCUGCAGAGAGACAAGAAAGCCGUUAAGUUUCCGUUAUGCGAUGGGAAAACAUGUUACAUCUCCGAGCAAAGACAUCGUUCAAUACUCAGACGCCUCUCUUCACUCUUCCCACCAAGCAAUCUGGAUUCAGUUACAGUUUCUUGUCUUCGUUAUGCCACCACUCAACGAACAUGGUUCUGGACUCCAAAACCUACACAAAACUCGUUCAAAAAUCCGCCAACUCAGGCUCCGCUCUUCUGGGAAAGCUCGCACACUCCCACAUGAUCAAAUCCUCCUUCAAACCCUGCCUUUACUUACUCAACAACCUCCUCAACAUGUACUGCAAAUGCCGAGAUUUGAAUCACGCACGCAAGCUGUUCGACAAAAUGCCUGAACGAAACAUCAUCACUUUCAACUCCUUGAUUUCCGGGUACAGCCAAAUUGGGUUUCACGAACAAUCCAUGAAGCUGUUUCUCGAAGCUAUAGAUUCCAAUUUGAAGCUUGAUAAGUUCACUUACGCUGGCGCUUUGGCGUUUUGUGGAGAAAAGUGUGAUCUUGGGCUAGGGAAGCUCUUGCACGGUUUGGUUAUUGUAAACGGUUUGGCUCAGGAAGUCUUUGUGGUUAACGUUUUGAUUAACAUGUAUUGUAAGUGUGGGGAGGUUGAUCAAGCAACGUCCUUGUUUGAUCGAACGGAUGAGAAGGAUAAGGAGACAUGGAACUCUUUGAUUUCAGGGUAUGUUCGUGUCGGUGCUGCGGGGGAGACGCUUAGUUUGUUGGCUAAGAUGCAUAGAGAGGGUCUGAAGCCGACCACUUAUGCUCUUGGGAGUGUGUUGAAGGCUUGUUGUAUAAACCCGAAGGAAGAAAACGGUAUGGUUAUACACUGUUAUGUAGCGAAGUUAGGUAUGGAGUGUGAUAUAGUCGUCGGUACUGCGUUGCUUGACAUGUACGCAAAGCAUGGGAGUUUGAAAGAGGCGGUAAAGCUUUUUAGUUUGAUGCCUGUCAAGAAUGUUGUUAUGUAUAACGCCAUGAUAUCUGGGUUUCACCAUACGGAUGGUGAGGGUUGUUGUGAGGCUUUAAAGCUCUUCAUGGAUAUGCAGAGACAGGGACUGAGACUCUCGCCGACGACGUUUUCAGCUGUGCUCAAAGCUUGUUGUGUCGGAAAAGAGUUGGAAUGUGGAAAGCAGAUCCACGCUCUGGUAUCUAAGAAUAGCUUUCAGUCUGAUGAGUUCAUUGGCAGCGCUCUCAUUGAGCUCUAUGCGUUGAUGGGUUCACCUCAAGACGGGAUGCGAUGCUUUGCUUCAACGUCGAAGCGAGAUAUCGCCUCGUGGACGUCCGUGAUUGAUUGUUAUGUUCAAAACGAGGAGCUUGUGAGCGCGUUUGAUCUGUUCCGACAGCUUUUUUUGUCCUGUUUAAGGCCGGAAGAGUAUACAGUCUCGCUUAUGAUGAGUGCUUGUGCUGAUUUCGCUGCGUUGAGCUCAGGAGAGCAGGUUCAAGGGUAUGCUAUAAAGAGUGGAAUCGAUGCUUUCACCAGCGUCAAGACCUCGAGCAUCUCUAUGUACGCAAAGUCAGGUAACAUGCCGCUCGCGAGUAAUAUAUUCACCGAGGUAGAACAUCCAGACAUUGCAACAUACUCGGCUAUGAUCUCGUGUCUUGCGCAGCACGGUUUCGCUGGAGACGCCCUGAACCUCUUCGAGACGAUGAAAACCUGCGGGUUCAGACCGAACCAGCAGGUGCUUCUCGCUGUUCUAAUAGCUUGCUGCCACGGAGGGUUAGUCGCACAAGGACUAAACUACUUCCAAACCAUGUGGGACGAGUACAGGAUUAGCCCUAACGAGAAGCAUUUCACUUGCCUCGUCGACCUCUUAGGUAGAACAGGGAGGUUAUCAGAGGCCGAGAGGCUGAUUCUGAGCUCAGGGUUUCAAGACCAUCCGGCGAUGUGGAAAGCGUUGCUGAGCUCUUGCAGGGUUUACAAGGACAGCGUGUUGGGGAGACGCGUCGCGGAGAGGUUGAUGGAGCUCGAACCAGAAGCCUCUGGCUCGUAUGUUCUGCUGCACAACAUCUACAACGAGUCCGGAGUUAAUUUUUGUGGUGAAGAGGUGAGAGAGCUGAUGAGAGAUCGUGGGGUUAAGAAAGAACCGGCGUUGAGCUGUAUUGUGAUUGGUAGACAAGCUCAUUGGUUUGCGGUUGCUGAUUCUUCUCACUCCUCGAGUCAGAUGAUUUAUGCGAUGCUGCAACUGCAGUUGGAUACUAUGAACAGUGUAAACCAUGAGACUCUUGUUAAUGUUUGUUCUGUUACAUGAAAAGAAAAUUAAUGCCAA